CUCGAAGGCAUCCUCCUCCUGGACACUGAUCAUCCACUCACACGGCUUUAUUUUUUUCCCGCGGCUACUUUGAACACACCGGCGGAUUUAACUCCGUUCUGGAUAAAACCAUGAGGCCGCUCUGGUUGUCUGCAGUGGUGGCUGUGUACCUGGCUGUGUGCAUCGCUGACGCCGGAUCCGCUUCCCGGAACUCCAUCAAGAACCUGCAGCCUGGAGCAGCGGGGAGUCCAGCCGAGCCGGUGAGCGCGAUCCCGCACGCGCCAAAGACAGAACCGGGGACGAGAGCGCGCACAGCGCCUCAGAGCUGCGCCAGUGUUUCUCAGUGCCGUGCUGCGGAGUUCUGUUCCCGCGGGAUUUGUCAGCCGUGUCGCAAACUCAGGAAGAGAUGCGCACGAGACACCGUGUGCUGCGCAGGAAACCGCUGCAUUAACGGUGUUUGCCAAGCAGGUGAAAUGAACGCAACUCAGCCUGUCAUCACUACAGUCAGUACUAAGCAGGCUACCGAGGUUCAUGGCAGUCCUACAAGUGCAUUAGGUAACCAAAACAAGACAGUGGGGCUACAGCCGGCUAAAAAGACCACUGCUGUCUCUCCAAAGCCACCUGAACUACUGAAAGGUGCUGAAGGGGAGGCGUGUCUGAGGUCCUUAGACUGUUCCAAGGGUCUAUGCUGUGCUCGCCACUUCUGGUCACGGAUCUGUAAGCCAGUGCUGACUGAAGGCCAGGUGUGCACGCGUCACCACCGUAAGGACACUCACAGCCUGGAGAUCUUCCAGCGCUGUGACUGCGGUCAGGGCUUGGUGUGCCGAGCCCAGAAAGAACAAGGGUCAGAAAAUCAGCAACAGAGUAUACUGCAGCAGCAACAGCCACGCAAAAACAACAACAAAGCUACCAGAAACCUCCACACAUGCCAGCCACGCUAAUCCAGCAGGACUUAUUUAGGACAACUGGCUUUUAAUGUGCCCACAUUCACACACAUUCACAUACAUUCGAUAUCACAUGUGCAUGCAUGGACACACGCAGAAAGGAUACAGGAAAACUGACUCCCUGGAAGGUCGGGCCUUUUAAAGGAUUGAUCAUAUUUUGCAGAUGGACACAAAAAGCACACCGUGUGGAAGACUGAAUGCAGGACCCUGUUGCUGAAGACAGUUUUUUUUUUCUUACUAGAGUCUUUACACAGGCGGAGUGAUGUUUCCCUUUAUAAGGGAACUAUAAAUAUUUCUUGCAGUAAAUUACUGUAUUGUAUGUGGCACUUAACUGAGCUUAUCGAUUCUGUAAAAGUAGUAUUGUGAGACCAGGUGCUGCGUGACACUAUGCUAAUAAUGUAAAUAUACAAAUGAUAUGAUUUAUAUUGUUAUUUACCACAUGCUAUAA